CCGUCUGUCGAAAACCAGAUUUUGGCGGGGAGAAUCUAGUUUCUGACAGUAGAUGGAAACUGUAUAAGGAAACUUUUUCAGUGCCACUUUGCAUUUCCGUCGGGCAGAAACUCAGGCCUGACAGGAGUGUGUAGGUUGUCUUUAAAUUCAUGUAUUUCUGCUGCAUUCAUGAGCCAAAAUAUUGAGUCUCUAAACUAUGCAAUGCAUCUCUUGCAGCGUUUCAAGUGUUUAGAUUAGCUUUGUUGCAAAACUCAACGACAGGAACACGCAGGCGACUACGUACUUCGAAUUUUUUCUUGGCACGCCAGACUUUAGCGAAAAACGAACGACGAGCAACCGGGUCUGCGAUUACCGUAUUUGCCGAUCACGUGCCAGUUUUUCCCAAGGGUCUUACUGGGUGAGUCAACCGGACCGACGAAUCCGUGCCUUAUCGAUCAACAAUCAUGUCGAAGACUAUAGUCUUCUACGAUAUCCCCUCAAAAUUGCCCAUCAAUGCAUGCUCUCCGAAUACAUGGAAGGCUAGGUACGCGCUGAACUUCAAGGGUCUCCCAUACCGCACGGAAUGGAUUGAAUUCCCUGAUAUCGAGGCAUUAUACAAAAGGCUUGGCGUAUCAGCUAGCGCUACGCACUGGUCAGACGGUGUCACGCCAUACUACUCCCUCCCACUCAUCCAUGACUUGUCCACCGGUGCUAUCGUAUCCGAUUCAGCCGCUAUCGCCGAGUAUCUCGACGUGACCUACCCUGAUACCCCACGUCUUUUCCCUCCCGGUACACAAGCCCUUCACGCGGCAUUCACAGUUGCCUUCCAUGCACAACUACUGAAGGCGAUAACGCCACUCCUAGUCCCUGCAGCCAACGCAGUACUAAAUCCUCGAAGCGAGGUGUUCUUCAGGAAGACAAGGGAAAAGGCAUUCGGGAUGACGCUUGAGGAUAUGGAUCCUCGUGGGGAGUGUAGAGAGAAGCAAUGGGCACUCGUUGAGCGUGAUCUCGGCGAGGUUGAUAAGUGGAUAGCGAAGGGGGAUGCCUUUGUUACAGGGAACGUGCCUACAUUCGCGGACAUCACCGUUUGUGGUUGGAUGCUGUCUUUUCGCAUCAUUUUCGGCGAGGAUAGUCCAGAAUGGAGGGAUUUGUCAACGUGGCAUGACGGACGGUGGGGGAGGUUGGUUAGGAGUUUUGAGAAGUAUGAAGUGGUUGUAUAGGGUGAUCCCUUGCAAUUAUAAAAUGAAACCGUCAAAGCUGUCUUGCUAGGGCACCUCUGGCAGGGGGAUUUGAAAUAAAAGUAGACCACUAAGCCCUAAUUAUAUAGCCAUCAAAUGGGCCUAACGGGCCUGCCUC